AUGCCACGGAACCGCCUCCAGAAGAAAGACUUUACCAUCCACAAGGACGCUGUCAACGCAGCUGCAUCAAGGAAUUCCGAACUACAUGGUACCACUGAGAAAACGUUGACACCCGCCUCGAAAGGCUUCAUCAACAGCAUGAAGAGCCGCGCACCUGCCUCCUACAAGCCGGGCCUCGCAAGGUCCAGCACCAUUCGAAGCGUCCCGAGCUUCGAGGGCUCCGAGUCCAGCCCUGACAGCAAGCACAGCGCUUUUUCCAGCAGCGUCAACAGCAACACGAGCGGCAUGUCCGCCGCGGAUGGAAGCCCACACAACAGAACCCCCCCAACUGUCAGGUUAAAACACGACAUGAAUACCGACACCCCCACACGAUGGAACUCGAACGCCGCGAGGGUAGUAGAGCCUACCCCCGACCCGGACACCUCCAUGGCGUCGGAAGGCGGAGAACAGGGGGACGGUCAAUGGGACUCAACAAUUGGCAAGGCUGGGUUGGGAAAGACCGGACGCGUCAUCAACAAGCUCGUGAGCGAUAAUGAAGCCCUCAAACGAGACAUCAAGAUCGAACGGCUACGCGCAGAGGAGUCGAAACAGGCCGCCAAGCUCGUCGAGGACAAAAUGGACCGUACCAUCAGCGACUACGAAAGCCGACUGUUGGAGGCCAAUGUUACAAAGACGUUGCUAGCUAGGAAGGAACGGCAAGUCGAGACGCUGACGGCAAAUGUCGAAGCGGAAAAGAAGAAGACCACCUUCGCCCUAGAGCGGGAGAGGGGUUGGAAGGAAGAGAUGGAUAAGAUGAAGAGUGAAACAACAGUUCAAGUUGAAGAGGCAACGACAUAUGCACAGAUGAUGGAGGGCCGUUACAACGCCAUUUCUUCACACUGGCGCGACCAAGGUGACGAGGUCAAGCGGGCGACGUCCAAGAUGAAGAUCCAGAUCAACGAGCUGGCCGAGGAACGAAGAAAGGACGACGACAAGAUCCAGACCCUACGAGAACUGUGCGACCAGCAGAACGACAAUAUCAAGCAGUUGAAGCAUGAAAAGGACGAGAUUGCCCGCCUGUUUGAAGAAUACAAGAAGGCCCAGGAGGAAGGUCUCAAGGACAUCAAGACCAACGCGAAGAGGAGGGAGGAUGAGCAAGAACAGAUCUUGCAGGAGUCAAGAGAGGCUCUCGCCAAGCUGAAGUGGGCGCUGAAUGUCAAGAAGAACGUCAAGGGGGCAAAAUGA